AUGACGUCAAACCGAGCUCUCUGGCUGGAGUCCUUCUCCUCCCCGCCAUCCAUCAUCUCCCUCCCAAUCCCAACAGCCACCUCCGGCUCAGCCGUCGUCCGCAUCCUCGCCACCUUCAUCGUCCCCUACGCCCACGCCGUCCACUCAGGCCAGAUCGCCGCCCUCGGCAUCACGCCCCCCCUGGUCCCCAACCCCACCUCCAUCGCGCGCAUCCACGCCGUCGGGCCCGACGCCGUCGCACUCCAGCCCGGCGACCUCGUCUACGUCGACGCGACCAUCACCGCGCGCGACGACCCCAGCGUGAAGAUCAUGCAGGGCCACCACGCCGGCGAAUAUCACGACCGCUCGAUCAAGCUGACCCAGGGCGAGUGGCGCGACGGCGCUCUGCAGCAGUUCCAGCGCGUGCCGCUCGAGAACUGCGCGCCGCUCGACGAGGCGCGGUUGUGCCAUGGGCGGCUGGGGUACACGCCGGCCGAGCUCGCGGCCAUCCCGCUGUAUCAUGUUGCGGGAGGGGCGGUCCUCGAGGCGGCGCGGCUGCGUGCGGCCGAGACGAUCGUCGUCGGGCCUGCUGGCGGCUCGUUUGGCGGCGCGGCGGUCGAGAUCGCGCUGGCGGUGGGCGCGAAUGUCGUUGCGCUGGGGAGGAGUGAGGAGAAGCUCGCUGAGAUGCAGCGGAGGCUCGGCGCCGGAGAUCGUUUCAGCUAUGUCGUCAUGACGGGGGAUGUGGACGCCGAUGUGGCUGCGAUUCUGGCGAAGACGGAGCGGGGCGCUGGGGCGGAUGUGUUCAAUGACUGGACGCCUGCGGCGAUGGAGCGCCCGCCGUAUUUCGACGCGGCGGUGCGGGCGUUGAAGUCGGGUGGGAGGGUUGUGUUGAGUGGUGGGUCCAGUGGGAGUGCUGCCGUUCCUUAUACGCUGGCGGUGCAUAAGGGACUCAAGAUUAUGGGGCAGUGGAUGUCUAAUCGCCACACGCUGGAUCGAGUCAUUAGCAUGGUGACCUCUGGCUUGCUGAAGAUUGGAGUCGAAAGUGGCGCAAAGGUUGCGACCUUCAGUUUGGAUGAACAUGAAGAGGCCAUUGCACAUGCGGAGAAGAAUGGCGGCUGGAGAAAUUAUACUCUGGUCACCCCAAACACUGAGUAG